CCAGGAGGGCUGCCCUGGCGACUACCGCUUAGUAGACCAUGUCGUGCCUUUGGGUUGGGUUGCCAUGGUGACACGCAAAGCGUGCUGGGAACGUCCUGCGGCAUGUCGCACGCGUACUUCAUACACCAUAGAGUAUGGUUCCGGGUCUGGUGGCUAGAGCGUCGCUUCUUCCGCAGGAAGCGGAAGAGCGAUCGGGUAGGCGGCUCUUUGUCGAAGCUAGAGGACCGGCAGGCGGCAGCAGCAACUACGGCGGCGGCGGCAGAACCCAGCAGUGAUGUGGAGGUGGAGACCCACAGGAGCCCCGGACUUCACCUGAGCUACCUCAGUGGUCACCAAGAGUGGCAAGAUAAAGAAAACCCUGAGUUGGGCGGGACCAGGAUGCCUGACCGGGACAGCUAUGCCAACGGUACCGGGAGCAGCGGUGGAGGCCCUGGAGGUGGUGGCAGCGAGGAGGCCAGUGGGGCAGGGGCAGGCAGUGGCGGGGCCAGCUCAGAUGCCAUCUGUAGAGACUUCUUGAGGAAUGUGUGCAAGCGAGGCAAGCGUUGCCGAUAUCGCCACCCAGACAUGAGCGAGGUGUCCAACUUGGGGGUGAGCAAAAACGAGUUCAUCUUCUGCCAUGACUUCCAGAACAAGGAGUGUAGCCGCCCAAAUUGCCGUUUCAUCCAUGGCUCCAAGGAGGAUGAGGAUGGCUAUAAGAAGACAGGAGAGCUUCCCCCACGGCUGAGGCAGAAAGUAGCAGCUGGCCUUGGCCUUUCACCGGCUGACCUACCAAAUGGCAAGGAGGAGGUCCCUAUCUGCCGUGACUUUCUCAAGGGUGACUGUCAGAGAGGAGCCAAGUGCAAGUUCCGUCACCUGCAACGGGAUUUUGAGUUUGAUGCUCGGGGUGGAGGAGGCACUGGUGGGGGCUCAACAGGCUCAGUCCUCCCAGGACGACGUCAUGAUCUCUAUGAUAUCUAUGACCUUCCUGACAGGGGCUUUGAGGACCAUGAGCCAGGCCCAAAACGCCGGCGAGGUGGAUGCUGCCCCCCUGAUGGCCCUCAUUUUGAGUCAUAUGAAUAUAGUUUGGCUCCACCGCGAGGGGUGGAGUGCAGACUGCUAGAGGAGGAGAAUGCCAUGCUCAGGAAGCGGGUAGAGGAGUUAAAGAAGCAGGUCAGCAACCUGCUGGCCACCAAUGAGGUAUUACUGGAACAAAAUGCUCAGUUCCGCAAUCAGGCCAAGGUCAUAACCCUGAGCUCCACUGCACCAGCGACUGAGCAGACUCUGGCCCCCACUGUGGGUACUGUUGCCACUUUUAACCAUGGCAUUGCCCAGACUCACACUACUCUCAGCAGCCAGGCUCUACAGCCUCGUCCAGUGUCCCAGCAAGAACUGGUGGCCCCUGCUGGAGCUCCAGCUGCUCCCCCAACUAAUGCUGCACCUCCUGCUGCUCCACCACCCCCACCCCCACACUUGACCCCAGAGAUCACGCCACUGUCAGCUGCCCUGGCUCAAACAAUUGCCCAGGGAAUGGCACCCCCACCUGUCUCCAUGGCUCCUGUGGCUGUAUCUGUGGCUCCUGUGGCCCCUGUGGCUGUAUCGAUGGCCCAACCCUUGGCAGGAAUCACAAUGAGCCACACCACCACUCCCAUGGUGACUUACCCUAUCGCUUCCCAGAGCAUGCGCAUCACGGCCAUGCCACACUGAUGGGGCUAAUGGACACUCCCCUGGUAUAGCCUCGCAGGGCUGGGGUCAGGGGGCCCUUGCCCACUCACCUAGCCUUCCCCAGCCCUGUCUGAAGGGCUCCCUUGAGAACUAGGACGAGAGACUACAAGGAGUAUGUCCUGAGGAGGGGUUGGGAUGGUGUGUUUUCUCUCACCUCCCUUUUAUGAGGGUCCUCUUGUCCAUCUUCAAGCCUCACAGUGGGGGCUUGCAGAGGAGUGCAGACUGAAGCCAGCAGAGAGGAAGGACUGACUGAGGGGCUGUGUCCUCUUAUGGGAAUUUGGGAACAUCCCUCGUCUUGUCCUCUCUUCUGCACAGCACAGGUUCCAGCACUGGUUUUGGAAGAAAAAAAUACCCUGCCCAGAGGGAAAGCCAGGAAAGAUUGGGAAGUGGGUGGUCAGGAGAGAAGGCCUCACAGGAGCCUUCAGACAAUUUGGGUCCUAGUUGGUUGGGUUGGACAAUACAGGAAUUGCUUCUGGGCCCUGGGAAGGCUGGGACCAUAGUGCUCCAGCCCAAAGACUAGGGGAGCAUUCAUUACCCUAGUUUGACCUGAAAAUCCAUAGGGCAGGGCCCACUACUUUCCAAAGAAAUAAAAGAACAAUUAUUUUUAACAAA